UGAAAGCUGCAAUUAUUAUAAAAUCUCAAUGGUGUAAAUUCACUUUUACAAAUUAUCAAGGAAAACAACCCUGUCAUUGCUUCUUAUUAGAAUAUGGAAAUUGAUAAGCAAAUUCAUGCAAGUAAUGUUUUAUUUGCAAUUUGCCGGCCAAUAAAUAUAUAGCGCUUUCAUUUAAAACCGUUUUCGAUUGAAAUUAAAUAAAUUGAAGUUUAGUGCAGGUCACGCAAUAAUAAUCACAAAUUUGACUGGACAAGUAAUUAAUACGCAUAGUAAAAUGAAAGAUACAAAGAACUUCCCCGCUUUAAAAAAUGAUAAUCUAUUGCGAGCUGCGCGGGGUGAGCCCGUUGAUCGAGUGCCAGUGUGGGUGAUGCGUCAAGCAGGGCGUUAUUUGCCAGAAUUCCAGGAAGUGCGGAAGCAACACGAUUUCUUCACAAUUUGUCGUACUCCAGAGUUGGCAUGUGAAGUAACAAUGCAGCCGCUACGUCGAUUCGACUUGGAUGCAUCUAUCAUAUUUUCUGAUAUUCUUGUUAUACCUCAAGCCUUGGGUAUGACCGUUGAAAUGCAUGCGGGUGUGGGACCAGUCUUUCCUGAACCGCUGAAAACUCCAGCGGAUUUGGCAAAGCUCACACCGGAAGGUGCUGUGGGGCGUUUAACAUAUGUGGGCGACGCUAUUACCAUGAUGCGUCACAUGUUGGAGGGACGUGUGCCACUUAUUGGGUUUACUGGUGCACCUUGGACCUUAAUGGGCUAUAUGAUUGAAGGUGGUGGCAGCAAAACUAUGGCUAAAUCAAAAGGAUGGCUGACAGAUUACCCAGAGGACUCGAAAAAAUUAUUAACCAUGUUAACGGACGCUAUAGUGGAUUAUUUAGAAAUGCAGGUUAAAGCCGGUGCGCAAUUGUUACAGAUAUUCGAAUCAUCAGCAGAGCAUUUAAGCAAGGAUGACUUUUUAAAGUGGGCCGUACCUCACAUUAAAGACAUUCGUGAUAAAUUAACAGAGCGUUUGAAACAACAAUCAAUACCAACUGUACCAAUGACACUUUUUGCCAAAGGAGCUGGACAUUCGCUGAAGGAACAGGCAACUUUGGGAUAUGAUGUUAUAGGCUUAGACUGGACAGUAGAUCCAGUCGAGGCACGAAAAGAAGUUGGACCGAACAUAACCCUGCAAGGAAAUCUCGAUCCUCAAGAUAUGUACAAAACGCCGGAGGAAGUACGAACACUUACUACUGAAAUGGUACGAAAAUUUGGAAAGGAACGAUAUAUCGCCAAUUUGGGUCAUGGCAUUACUCCUCAAACUCCUAUAGUAAGCAUGGAAACGCUGGUUGAGGCUGUGCACAAUGCACUAUAA